AUGUCUGAAAAUAUCGACCAGUCGUCGUUUGCCAGCAUUCUAGAAGGCGUCCGCAAGAUGCGUGAGUCUUACGACACUUCUCCUUCUGCGAGCAAAGAGGUUGAGCAACCCCAGCAGAGUAAGAUACCUGCAGCAUCUCCAGUUCCCAGGGAGCAAAGCACAGCAAAGAAUGUAGCUGUUUCUUCUCGAAAUAGCCUUGAUACUACUGCGCAAAUUCAGCCGCCUGGGCAAGCUCAACCGCCCAAGAAUCGCCAUAGACCUAACCGGCCGGUAGGAUCUAGGAGAGUCCGAGAAAGCGUACAAACAUAUACGUCGGUGCAAGUGGCACAUUCACAGAAGGGUAAUCCCCUUUUGGAGAGUCCGCUGAUGAAGCUCACGCCGUGGAUGUACAAUGGGCAGAUUCUUCUGGACUACUACAUCAACGCCACUCUUCAGGUGAUUUUUCUCUCCUUGAAGUACCACAAGCUUCGACCUGAGUACGUCUGGAGGAGAAUUGAAAAAAUGAAAGGAGGAAGCUCAAUUGUGGAGGAACGGCAGGAUAACGAUGAGGUGCUCCGGGUGCUUUUAGUCGUGGUGGAUAUCGACUCUCCGCAAGACGCCAUUCGCUCUUUACUGGCGAUCUGUGUUCGUCACGAUUUGUCGAUAGUGGUGGCAUGGCUGUUUGAAGAGGCAGGUAAUUACAUUGCAUAUUUCAAGCAGAACGAGAUGGCCAGGUCUAAGGUAGACCUGUCGAUCCAGGGUCUCAAAAAGGAAGAUUACAACUCAACAAUAGUAAGCUCGUUGACCACUGUGAGGGCCGUCAAUAAGACAGACGUUGCCAAUCUUUUGGCCAAUUGCAAGUCGUUCAAGUCUAUUGUCACCAUGGCAACUGAAACCAAUGGGCUUUCUCACAUUCAGGGACUUGGGGAGCGGAAACUUUUAAAUCUACGAGCAGCGUUUGCUGAACCGUUCAUUUUUAAUAAGGACUAUGAGGCUGGCAAUGCAUAG